AUGGCAACGCCGGAAGAAAGACACCCAGAGAUCUUUAAACCCAUAAAUUGGGAGUCAUGUCGAGGCAAGAAGCGAACGGUGCCCAUGGAAUGCCUAUGUUUAGGGUUUAACCGGACUGGCACUGCGACCAUGUGCUGUGCAUUAGAGAUCCUCGGCGUGCCCUGUUGGCACUCAGUCCAGUUCAUGUCGAGUCGCUUCUCCGAUCUCAAGAUGUGGCAGGAAGCUGUGGACCGAAAAUUCUUCAAUAAAGGCCCAAAAUUUGGUCGCCCCGAGUUCGACCAGUUAUUGCACGACUUCGGUGCCGUCUCCUCGGAUACACCCGCUAUCGCAUUCGCCGAAGACCUCAUUGAGGCGUACCCGGAGGCCAAGGUGGUGCUUGUGCAUCGAGACAUUGACUCGUGGUAUGAAAGCUGGAUGAAUAGCGUGAUCAAGAGCACGUUUGAUCCCGUCAUCUCGGUCAUAUACCACAUCGAGCGGUUCUUCGUCCAUCCGUUAGGCAAGAUCCAUAGGUCGAGUUUGGAUGGGUGGGCGGGUAUCCGCAAUAAGGAAGAUGCGCGGCUUAAGAGCAAAGCCAAGUUCCGAGAGCAUUAUGCGCUGGUACGGAGGGUCACCCCGAAGGACAGGUUAUUGGAGUUCAAUCUGUCUGAAGGUUGGGAGCCGCUUUGUCAGUUUUUGGGGAAGCCGAUCCCAGACGUGCCAUUUCCCCAUGUGAACGAGAAAAAAUAUUUUGAUGAGAUGGUAAAUCUUUUCUUGAUGCGGGCAUUAAGGUCUCUGGCCAGAAAGCUUUUCAUAUACUUGGGGCCGGUGAUUGUGGCCGGAGUCGGGUAUUAUGCAUACUCUCGUCUUGAGGGAAGGACGAGGCCAUGA